UUUGGCCAUAAUGCCCUGGAGUCUAGCUAAACAGGCGGAACCCACGCGCUCGGGCUCGGAGGGCGGGGACCCGCUGGACGUGGAGGCGCUGAGCGUGCGAUGCGAGUGCUGCGGGAUGGCGGAGGAUUGCACGCCCACGUACAUCGGCCGCGUGCGGGAGCGGUUCCAGGGGAAGUGGGUGUGCGGGCUGUGCGCCGAGGCCGUCAAGGAGCGGCAGGCACGGGAGCCGGCGCUCACCGUGGCCGGCGCCGUGGAGGCGCACGCGGCGCUGUGCGAGCGGUUCAACUCCACCGUGCGGCUCAACCCCAAGCUGUCCCUCGCCAGCUCUAUGCGCGACAUCGCGCGCAAGAGCAACCAGCACCGGAGCGGUGGCGGCGGCGCCACCGCGACCACCCCUCCAUCCGCAUGCGGCGGCGACAAGCUGAGCCGCGCCGCCAGCUGUGCGCUGCUCUACGCCUGACACAUGGAUGUGUGAUCCCUAUCGAUCUGAUCACCAACAACCAUAUUACAGCAGCACGUACGAGCUAGCGCGUUAGCUCGACGGGAUGCACUGCUUGCCGUGAUAUAUAUACUCACACGCGACAUGCAUGUAUAUGUAGCAUAGGACAUGCAUGUAGCCGGUAAGUACUGUAGUAGC